UUAGAGCAACUGGGGGUGUUAUGACCUUAAACAGUUGAUUUUUUAAGUGGUGCCUCUCGAAAAAUUCCACCCGAUCCUCGGUAACACUUCUGGCAAAUUCUUAUCGCCCCCCCGAUAAUUAAUUUACACAGUCGGGUCCUACUUGAAAACACAUUUAAAAUGCCGAUAAGAUAAUUCAUCCCAAUCAACAUAAAGAGAGGUCAAAUUGGAAUUUCAAAAAAUAAAUGUUUUAGUAGCACAAUGGGUGGAUUAUCGUUGACUCCCGGCACGGAGCUCACCGAAUUACAAUUCGAUGGGUUUUGGGACUGGUUCGUAGCAAUAACGGACCCGAGGAUCCACUGGCAGAACCAGCCGACUUACCUCAUAUCACAAGCGUCUUACCUACUGGGCGGAUUCGCCACCCUUAUCCACGCGUUCGUAAGAGGCGGAAGAUUGCCAUGGCUCUGGCUAGGAAUUAUGUUGCACGGGAUGUUCGUGGAAGUCAUUUGUUACAUUUCCCCUGAUGUGGAUAACUUCUGGCACUCGCAGACUCCUAUUAUGUUCUUUGGCAGAAGGUUUCCCUUGCAUAUCAUUCUUUUAUAUUGCGUCUUCAUCUACCAAGCCUCCGUGGCCGCAGCUAAACUACGCCUUCCCAAAUGGUCAGAACCGUUCGCCGUCGGUUUGCUCGUGGUCCUGAUCGAUCUUCCAUACGACAUCGUCAGCGUCAAAUUCGUGCACUGGUUCUGGCACGACACCGAUCCAAAUGUCUACGAUCGGCACUACUGGGUGCCCUGGAACUCGUACUACUUCCACGCCACCUUCGCUGCCAGUUUCACCUUUUGGUUUCACUUUUUGAAGGAAAAAUGCUGCGCGACUAGCUCAGGAAAAUGGUUCAGCUCCAAGAACUGCAUCAUGGAACUGGUGACCACGAUUGUGGCGGCAAUCUUGGGGCCUAUAGGGGGUGUGUUGUUGUUCGUGCCCCUCUACCAUCCCUUGCACGACGUAUUUAAGAUUCAUUCCGAGGUCACUUUCUUCAUUUUGGCGACGGUCUUUUUGGUGCUGGCCUGGAUGGGGGAUAGAAGCCAGAAAAGUGACGAUUUUUCCAAGGCACACCGCAUCAGGACGCACUGGAGCACCCUGGUGCUGCUGUUCACCCUCGCGGUACAUUACGCGGUGUUCUGGAUCAUCACGGUGUUUUUUAAUCCAGAAAAUGAAGUUUCUACAGGGAUCAGGGAACAGAUUGGACCGUGUGACGAGUACGUGGAUAUGCAAACAGCUUCUGGCAUGGUCUUGCAAAAACGGAAGUACUUGUGCCUCACGGACUACGACGAGAAGUACUUUGACUUCCAUUGCCUGCCCAAUGGGAAGCCCCCUUCCCAGUUCGCCCAGUGGUACACCUCUUGCGGCACCCCUUUCGAAAAUAGGGCCGAAUACAUCGCGGUCAUAUCGAUUAUAACCUUCUUGGGAUUGAUGGUGUUUUAUAAUUUGCAUUUCCGAUCGUUCGGGGACGAGGUGUUCGCUUUUAAGGAUGUGAAGGUGCAGGGCGAGGGCAAGAGGGCGGCCAAGGCUAAGAAGAAGUUGUAAUUUGUGUUGUAAAGAGUUUUAAUAAAAUAUGAUCAAAAAAAAUUGUUAGUCU